UCUGGAACCCAUGGGGUGAGAGGCUGCUGUGACAAGGGGUGGUGUCAACUCCAGCCUUAUGUAAGACACUGUGUAUAUAAGUCUGCUCCAAAGACCAAAUGGGUACCAAGACACUUCUCUUGUGUGGAAGCUUGUAGUUGGUUGCAGCUGCCUUGCAGAGUCUCUCUGAAGCAUCUCGUCAUCAUGUCUGGAACUGGAAAGUGCACCUCCAUCAUCAACUUGCGUUACCAAGAUGGCAGUGAGGGAAGCCCUUCCAAUCCUGCCAAGUACAACAACCAAGACUAUGCCCAUCUGAAGGAUAGCUAUCUCCGCCGAAAGCAACUGUUUGUGGACAGGACCUUCCCACCUAACAGCCAGUCUCUGGGUAACCUGUCUGAUUUGAGCAGCAGGCGUCUAAGUCAAGUGGAAUGGCUUCGCCCAAAGGAAAUCAUGGAAGCGCAAAACAUCAGCGGUGAGCCUGCUUUCUGUACAAAGGGAGCCUCAAGGUUUGACUUUGGACAAGGCUCUGUGGGUAACUGCUGGUUUCUGGCUGCAAUUAACUCGCUGACAUUCCAUAAAAGCCUCAUGGUGCAAGUAGUGCCUAUGGACCAGUCCUUCAAUAACUAUGCAGGGAUAUUUCACUUCAGGUUCUGGAGGUUUGGCAAGUGGGUGGAUGUUGUUAUUGAUGACUAUCUGCCAACACUCAACAAGAGCUUGCUGUCUGUGCGCUCCAAAAGCCAGAACGAGUUCUGGGCUCCUCUGCUGGAGAAAGCAUAUGCCAAAGUGUGCGGUACGUACGCAGACAUGAGUGCUGGUUGGUCAACUGAGGCUGCCAAGGAUUUCAGUGGAGGUGUGCACAUGUCUUACCCACUCAGGAGGGCCCACGAUUCAGGCCAUGAUAAGAACUUGUGGCUCUCACUAGAAAGAGCCACUGGGUGCAACUCAAUGAUUUGCUGUGGAACUGCCCAGAAAGGGGGUGAGAUUGUGAACACUGUUGCACACACUGGAUUGGUCGAUGCCCAUGCCUAUUCUGUCACAGCAGUCACUGAGGUUGAGUAUUAUGGCUCCAAAGUGAAGCUGGUGCGAGUCAUGAACCCUUGGGGCCGUCAAGAGUGGAACGGGAAGUGGGGUGACAAGUCAGACAUGUGGGAGAAAGUACGCCCAGAAGAUCGGGAAAAGUGCUUUAACCGCGAAGAUGGAGAGUUCUGGAUGGAGUUGGAGGACUUCUGUCACUAUUUCUCGAACUUGUGCAUCUGCUGUGAGAACCCCAACUUUCUUGAUGGUGACCUCAGCUGCCAGUGGCAAUGCAUGAUUUACGACGGCAGCUGGGUGGCUGGGAAAUCUGCGGGUGGAAACGUCAAUGAAAGAACCUUUGCAACAAAUCCUCAGUACCGCAUCCAGGUGACUGUCAUAGAUGAGAAGGAGCAGGGAGAUGUGAACAUCUUGCUUUCUCUGAUGCAGAAGCCUCAGCAGGAGAAUCGCAAAGAGAUAAGAACCUUCCCAAUGGCACUUACCCUCUUUAAGGUUCCACCUGGGACACCACAAGGACGCCUGGACAUGAACUUCUUUGGGAGAAACAGGCCUGUGAAGAAAUCACAGUCUUACACCUACGAGAGGGAUCUGAUUGAGCCGCACAGUCUGCAGCCGGGCGAAUAUGUGAUCGUGCCCUCCACCAUGAAGCCUUACAGGAAUGGAGAGUUUGUUCUCUCUGUCUACUCCAAGACUGAUGCUAAGAUCACCCCCCAUGAUGGACAUGAUGAUGAUGAUGAUGACGAACAUGGGCACACAGACUUGGUUCUUCCUGAGAUACCAACUGACGGGAACAAUGACACUGACAAGGAUCCCAUCCGUGCCUUGUUCAACAGCUAUGCUAAUCAGAAGGGUGAGCUGGACGCCUUCCAGCUCAGGAAGCUCCUGAAUGACAGGUUCCCUCAUGGAACCUAUCGCGGCUUUGGUUUGGAUACCUGCAGGAGCAUUGCAUCUAGUGUGGACACUGACCAAAAGAGGACAACAUCCUUCAGUGAAUUCUCAACUAUCUGGAAGAAGUUGAAUGAAUACAAGGCACUCUUCAAUAAUGCAGACUUGAGCAAGAAUGGAUCUCUGUCCGACUAUGAGCUGCAGGUUGGAAUUCAGCGUGCAGGGAUCGACCUAAACGAUGGAAUGGUGAGGAUGCUGAUGUUCCGCCAUUCAGGCUACUCAUCCACCAGUUUGGAGGAUUUCAUCGGCCUCAUGUUCCGCCUGGAGAAGGCCUCAAAUGUUUUCAAGAACAACUCUUCCGACGGAGUGAUCCACCUGAGCUGGGAAGAGUUCAGCAACUUCUCCUUGUACAACUAGAGUCAAGUUCACACAGGAGACACACAAGAGAAGAAUGGUGCAACCAAACUCAGCUUCUUUGAAAACUCAUGUCUUCCUGUGCAAUAACCUGUAAAGUGGUGACACGUUUCUGUGAUCAAAUCAUUCCUCCAGAAUAAAACGAUGUUACUCUCUGAA